CAAGUUGAUCCCCCAGUUCCUCCUACCCGAGUUUCUAAUGUUCACAUACCAGUUGAUCCUCAGGAUCUGGAGAAAAUCCCCGAAGCCUUUCAAGGAAUUCUCUACAAGACGGCGAGCCACAUGGUGGGGCACGCUUAUAGAGCCAGCUCGAGGGACUUUAAGACGAUCGAGGAGUGGAGGCUAGAGAACGUCCUGGAGUCAGCCUUAGGGAUGACCCUCAUAUCUGCCCUGGCUCAACAUCGCAGCAUAGCCCAGGCUAGGGCUAGAAACAAUGAGCUCCAGGCCAAGAUCAAUGCCGCCAAGACCGCCCUGACCACUGCUCAAGAAGGCGAACAGGCUGCCAAAGCUACCUUUGCGGCUGCUCAAAAGAGUGAGUACGAUGCCAAGCUUGCUCUCGCCUCAUCUCAGGAAAGCGAGCAGGCUGCAAACAUUGCCUUGGCUGCUCUUCAGGCCCAAACUGCUUAG